GCGAGCCGGCAGCGCCCCCCUUCCUCCGCCGCCUCCCCCGCCAUGGGGCGUCCGCUCAGAUCCAAAUUUGCUUAUGGAAUUGCUCAAGAUGUGUACUCAGCAGAAAGAACACUUUCUACAUAAUCAAGUGGCCACUUCAAAAUUAAAAUAAAUGAUUGUGUGACUUGUUUUGCCUCAUCAGCUGUACUUCUUCACUGAAGCCUGAAGAACAAGUGAUCUUCACAGUAACAUUUUUAUGACAGUAUGACUAACUGUAAAGGCAGAUCUACCACAACAAAAGCAAGUAGUAAGGCUUAUGAUGGAGAACGUUUUGUAAACUGGACUAUAAAUCUAAAUACGAUUCAGUCUGACAAAUUUCUGAACCUGUUGUUGAGUAUGGUUCCAGUUGUUUAUCACAAAAGCCAGGAAGAGAGACAUAAAGUGAAUGGUGUCUGGCAAGAUGGAUUACAACCUACAGGGCUCAAUUAUAAUGUUAGAUCUGAUCAACACCUAGAGUACCAUCACUUCUCAGAACCAACUUUUCAUGGUAGUAAUGGACACAGUCCAUCUAGCUGUAGCCCAAAGUACGAUGAUUUUUCCACUUAUAAUUAUUGUGAUGGAAUGGACACUUCAGAAACGGAUGCCAUAUUACAGGGUGACAGCUUAUCUACUGAUAGUGAUGAAGAUGUCAUCGUGGAAGGGAGCAGAAAACAGCCAAAGGAAUCCAGUAGUAUUAUGGCAUUACAGAUACUUGUACCAUUUUUGCUAGCAGGAUUUGGAACUGUUUCUGCUGGUAUGGUUCUGGAUAUUGUGCAGCAUUGGGAAGUGUUCAAAAAUGUUUCCGAAGUUUUUAUCUUGGUUCCUGCACUUCUUGGACUCAAAGGAAAUUUGGAGAUGACUUUGGCAUCCAGACUGUCAACUGCAGUAAACAUUGGGAAAAUGGAUUCUCCCAUUGAGAAAUGGAACCUAAUAAUUGGCAAUUUGGCAUUAAAACAGGUGCAAGCAACAGUAGUUGGUUUUCUGGCAGCAGUGGCAGCAAUCAUAUUGGGCUGGAUUCCAGAUGGCAAAUACCGCCUCGACCAUUCAAUCCUUUUGUGUUCCAGCAGUGUAGCAACUGCCUUUAUUGCAUCUCUUUUACAAGGGAUAAUUAUGGUUGGAGUUAUUGUUGGAUCAAAGAAGACUGGUAUUAAUCCUGACAAUGUUGCCACGCCCAUUGCAGCAAGUUUUGGAGACCUUAUCACUCUUGCUAUACUAGCUUGGAUAAGUCAGGGCCUUUAUGAUUGCCUUGAGACGUAUUAUUAUAUAUCUCCUUUAGUUGGUGCCUUUUUCUUGGCUCUGACUCCUAUGGGGAUUGUAAUAGCUGCCAAACAUCCAGCUACAAGAACUGUUCUCCAUUCAGGAUGGGAGCCUGUUAUAACUGCUAUGAUCAUAAGCAGCAUUGGUGGCCUUAUUCUGGACACAACUGUAUCUGAUCCUAAUUUGGCUGGGAUUGUUGUUUAUACUCCAGUAAUCAAUGGUAUUGGUGGUAAUUUAGUGGCUAUUCAAGCUAGCAGAAUUUCUACCUACCUCCAUUUACAUAGCAUUCCUGGAGAAUUGCCAGAGGAAGCCAAGGGUUGCUAUUACCCAUGCAGGACUUUUUAUGGUACAGGAGUAAACCACAAAUCAGCUCAAGUUCUGCUGCUUUUGGUGAUUCCUGGGCAUUUAAUUUUCUUGUACACCAUUCACUUAAUGAAAAGUGGACACACUUCACUGACUCCAAUCUUUAUAGCAGUAUAUUUGUUUGCAGCCCUGCUACAGGUAUUCACCCUGUUAUGGAUUGCUGACUGGAUGGUGCACCAUUUCUGGAAAAAAGGAAAAGAUCCCGACAGUUUUUCUAUUCCUUACCUUACUGCAUUGGGAGAUCUACUUGGAACAGCCUUAUUAGCCAUAAGUUUUCACUUCCUAUGGCAAAUUGGUGAUAAGGAUGGGGAUGUUGGAGAUUAAUUAUACAUAUGGACAUGCUAAUUUUCCUACUAGAUUGGGAGGAAAAAUAGGAGAUAACUGUUUACCAUUCCACUUCAGUGAAUGCCACCACAAUUGGUCCGUUUAAUAUGAGUAUUUUAAGUCAGUACAGAUAUUAAAUGGCCUUAAAUGA